GGGACUGGGAGAGAUUUUGGUGGGUAGGUGGGUUCAGACCGAGGGGACUACGGGUCGGCGUAGGGCUCAUUGGGCUCGGAACAAAGGACUGUCUGGUGGAGACUCGGCGCAGCACCUUCGGACCGGUAACUGAGCUGCGGGUCGGGGGCUGUCGACCGAGCAGUGCUGUUACCGCGCGGUCUCGGUCGGCUUCUCCUUGGUUCCGGACAGGCAGCGUCGCGUUGGGGGGCCCGGCGCAGCGGCACCUGCUGCUGGGGGGACCCCACGGCCCGCCCAGGUGCUCAUGAUGGGGCUGAUCUUCGCUAAGCUGUGGAGCCUCUUCUGUAACCAAGAACACAAAGUAAUUAUAGUGGGACUGGAUAAUGCAGGGAAAACCACCAUUCUUUAUCAAUUCUUAAUGAAUGAAGUGGUUCAUACUUCUCCAACCAUAGGAAGCAAUGUUGAAGAAAUAGUUGUGAAAAAUACUCAUUUUCUUAUGUGGGAUAUUGGUGGUCAGGAGUCACUGCGGUCAUCCUGGAACACAUAUUACUCAAACACAGAGUUCAUCAUUCUUGUAGUUGAUAGCAUUGACAGGGAACGACUAGCUAUUACAAAAGAAGAAUUAUACAGAAUGUUGGCUCAUGAGGAUUUAAGGAAGGCUGCAGUUCUUAUCUUUGCAAAUAAACAGGAUAUGAAAGGGUGUAUGACAGCAGCUGAAAUCUCUAAAUACCUCACCCUUAGUUCAAUUAAGGAUCAUCCAUGGCACAUUCAGUCCUGCUGUGCUUUAACAGGAGAAGGAUUAUGCCAAGGUCUGGAGUGGAUGACUUCCCGGAUUGGUGUGAGAUAACUUUUCUGCUUCAAAGAGACUCCUCUAUUUAUUCUGUGACAUGAACAUUUUUUCCUAGUACCUUUGGCUGCUAAGGCAGCAGCAUGUUUAAUUUAUAACAACACAAACCUCUAUGAGCAACACUUGAAUCAAGUGCAGCUGAACUGGAACAUAAAAGAUUUUUUUCUUAACUUUUUUUUAAAUGCACUAAUAUUCAGUUUGAUGAACAUAAUGUAUUACUCUGUUUUCUGCAACAGAAUUCUUCUGACUGCUUAUUCUAAUUACUCAAUGACUGCCUUGUAAGAAAUAUAUGUCAUAUGUUUAACAUUUUCUUAAGUAUUGUUAUAACUUUAAUUACCAAUUUAUUUAAAUUCUUGACCACCACUCCCUCCUAACCAGAUAAUUACUGGUUUCACAGAGUAGUAGGAGAAAUCAUCAGGUACCACUUGCAAAUUGCUACAGCAUUAAUUAUUUGCUUACUCUAUAAACCAUUUAUCUUUUGAAUAGAAUUUAUUAUAAGAAAUCUGCCUAGAAGGUAUAUGUAAGGAAGAUUAAACAUUAUGAGUACUUGCCUUCAAAUUUCCCCAUUACUGGAAGUCAUGAAAUAAUUUUAAGUUGCUAUUAGCCUGCAAAUUAAGUAGGCUGUUUUUUGAUCUAAAGGAAUGAAGUUCACUCUUUUGCUUAUAAUAUUUGGUCAAAAACAAAUCAAAGUAACAUUAUUUGAAAGCCCACCUUUGAUGGUAAAUAUUGGAUAAAUCUGAUAUUCAAUGCAUAUAUAAUUACCAGAAGUUAUUAAAGAAUACCAGCAGUAAAAUGAAAAUAUUAGAGUAUAUUUUACUAUCAAUUUACAAAUAACUUUAUUAUCAGCAAAUAUUUCAGUCCUUUUAUUUACACAAGACAUCGCAUCUGAUUUGGGCCAUAACUAAAGUAGAAGCAUGAACAGUCCAUUUUAUUAAAAAUGAAAGUAGUAUCUGUCAUAGCAUUUCUGCCACUAGCAGUAUAUUACUUAAACCAUGCAAUUUUCUGAUACCUACUUGAGGGUAUUGUCCUUGCCAUAGACUUGAAACAGUUGCCGUCUUCGUAGUUAGGCCUGAGUGCUCAAAAUUUUAUAGAAAAUUGCUGAGUUUCAUCCUAGCUUUUAAAAUGUGAGACAGCUAAUAUUCUCAAAAACUGACAAAUUAAGAAACAGUUAAAAUUAAAGUCCUAAUCUUCAAAAGUUCAUUUAUUGAAUAGCAAUAAGUUUUCAAGGCAGUUGACUGAUAUGAAAAAUAAUCUAAAUGGUGUGUACCUUCAAUUAAGAGGGAAGAUAACUAUUGUAAUUUCAAUUUUGUUUAUUUAAAUUGUGUGAUUUUGCUGUAAUGAAAGGGGUAAAAUGCACACUUUAAGAAAAUACUUCAUCUUUGCAGUAUUCCUUAGAAUCAAAAAUGGAGAUUCAGUGUUCAUAAUAUCAAAAUACCUGUUCAAAUGUGGUAUUUUUCAAUUUUUAUGUGUAAGUUGAUUGCAAUUUUGCUUUUUUCAGGUUACUUAUUAUCAUAUUUAGUUGAAUUUGUUUAGUUGAAUGUGAUAACAUUUUUCUGGUUUCUAUUUAGUGAUAGCACAUGAAAAAUUACCAGAGGAAAGCUUUUUGGACUUUAGGAGAUACUGUUUUGUUUUGAAUGUUUUUCUUAGUUAUUCUGUACCAAAUAGAUUGUAAGUUUAAUUUAGUUUAGUUUUCAAUGUAACCCAUAAUCAAGAAUGUAAGAGAAAAGCAGAUAUAAAUCGAUAUGGAUGCUCUGUGAUAUAUUUGUGCAAUGGGAAGUGAGGUAGGAAUUAAGAAAAUACAUUUACCUAAAGCACACUUUGCCUGAAUUUCUGUUUGGUUAUAUUGUUUACUGUGAGAACUGAAGAGAAUUUUCAUAAGCUGUCCUGAAAAAAGCAUAUUUAGUAUAACAGUGUUUGUUAUUGUGAAAUAAUUAUCUGCCUUCUUCUAGCUAAUAAGGUUGGCUGGCUCAGUUUCCUUCUAUCUAUCUGGUUAUUUUUUGUAUUACCACAUCAGCAUUAUAUUGAAAAUCUUUUUUAAUAGUUGAUUGUAUUUUGUUAAACAGCUAGUAACACUCAAAUUUGCUAUUUAAUUUUUACAAUACAGUUUAUUUUCAAAGUUUUUUUGAACAUGCUGUCAGUUUUGGAUUUGAGUGCUUUGUGUCAGCCAUUUGUUGAAAGUAAAAUUGGCAUCCAGGUCAAUUUUGUACCAAUGGUUGGGAAACAUUUGAUUAGGAAAUUAAUGUAAAACAUUUAAAAAGUAUUUUAUAGGUUUUCAUUACCAAUUUCCUGUUACAGUAAUAAGAAAACUGACUAAAUUCUUUACUCCAAGAGAAUGUUUUGACCUAAGCAAGUAUCUAAUACUAAAACAUUGAUUCUGACAUUCAUUGUAAAUCAAUCAACUAUAAGAUACCAUCUGAUGAAAAAGAGAAAUUUAUGGUUAGUGCCUUUAUUCAUAUUUUGAGAGAAGUUCUAAAUUCUGUAUCUGUUAUUCAGAAGUCAUAUUAACUAGGUCAACAAUGGGAUAAUUUGAGUUUCAGCUGCUGCUUUUAGCUCCUCAUACUGCCUAGCACAGCUUCUGGUAAGUUGGAAAGCAAGGGAACCAGAAACAUGAUUUGCAGGAGAUUCUUCUACAUUUUAGUUUUAAUUUGAAGAUAAGGAAAUUAAAUGUUAAUUGAAAUCUUAUCAAUAUAACUGAAAUGUAAAAUUUCCUUUGCAAGUUCAUAAAUGGCAUUUUCUUGACUGUGAACUUAGUGUGUUUGUCAGCAGCUCUAACUCCUUUGUUCUUAUUGGAGCCCAUUUGAAAACUCUCAGAAUUAACAGGCCCUUUUAUCAAUGAAUAUAAUGACUAUUUUUAUUAUUAAUGUAAUUUAAUUCCUGAAAACCUGAAAUAUUAAUAUAUAUAUAUAUAUAGAAAACUAAAGAUUAUAUGUAAUUUUUGCUUUUAGGCUCUUAUGUUAGUAUGAUUAAAGGUAUAAUUAUUUUUAUUCUAUAUUCAUUAGAGAAAAAAUACUAAAUUUGUAUCAUUGUUUAAAAUAACUUUUAAAUGGGCACCACCCCUCUGGCUGUAGUCAUUUUUGAUUCAGCAUAAUUUAACUUUCAUUUUCUAUAGCAUAAAAAGAAAAUAAUUGUUUCCUCAUGGAAACAGUGGGUGAUACUGGCAGUACUAUAAACAGUAUUCUCUGAAGAGUUGUGAGAGUCAAAAAAAAAAUUGAAGAAAACAAUAAAAGCUUUUUAUAAGGUC